GUUUUAUGUAAAGCUGAAUCCGGAAGAAGAUUUCUCGGAAUAAGAAAGAUCUUAAACAGCACUUUCUUUAUAAAUUGCAUGAAGUUAUUAGUGUAAUACCCCACGGCAGUUGCAGCAGAGCUAAGAAGCCUGCAAAUAUGGGGUUUGGGACAGACUUCCAGGGCCGUGAAUCCCAUGAUGCCUUGCUUCGUAUACAAGAUACAGAAAUACGACUGCUAGAGAACAUGAAAUCUUGUCUACACAAGAGAAUAGAAGGAGAUCGUAAAUAUCUCCAUUCUUUAACAUCAUUUGUACAACUAGCAAUGAAAAUGGAAGAUACAGAAUAUCACUCAUACUGUGCUGUGUUUCAGGCCUGGAAUGCAGUUAUACAUAGCACAGAACAGUUGGUUGAAUUAUUACAAUUUAGUGUAGAUGGCCUAACAACCAAAGUCAUGGAAAAAAUAACAACUCUUUUAAGUGACAAAAAGUCUGCAAGGAAGUUGUACGAGGAUGAAAGGAACCGAUUAGAAAAAGAAUUUACUAGAAUAAAAGAUGAAGUGCAGAAGAACAAACAGGAAUAUACCAAAUAUGUAGAUAAAGUUAGAGUAGAACGUGCCAAAUACGAAGAUGCAAAUGCAAAAGGGAAAGCUGGAAACAAGUUGGAAAGUGCCAAACAGAGUUAUGUGCAGGCAAGCAUGAAGCUGCAUAAGUUACAUAACAAAUACAUUCUCUCGUUGUGUGAGCUGAAAAGUCACCAAGAACAUUAUAGCAAUAAAACUUUACCAUAUUUCCUCGACCAUCAUCAAGCUAACCAGGAGAUUUUAGUCCAACAAUGCAAAGACUUUUUAGAUGAAUUUCAGAGUUUGACAACAUUCUGCACCAAAGACCAUAUUAACCAGUAUGAAGCCAUUGAGACAGCUGUGAAAGAAAUUAUACCAGAAAAGGAGUAUACAAAUGAAUUUGCUGAAAAAUACAAAUCAGAGCCAUUUUCACCUGUAACUAUCGAUUUUGAUGGAAAAAUCCUAGAUGAUUAUCAGGGAACAUUGGUAGCAAAUCGUCUAGCGGUUGAUGAUUUUACUGCAGAGUCACUGGAACAACAAAAAACUACAUUGUCAGAAGAAAUAGAAAAUUUCAAAAAACAGCUUCAGGAUUUAGAAUCAGAGAAGAAAACAAGUGCAGACAGGGUGCGGGAGUUACGGAAGGACCUUUCAACAUUAUCACAUGAACAAAUGUCUGAAUACCUUGAGAAACGUAAGACAUUUGAAGAGCUGAAGAAGAAGAUUGCAGAGAUGGAAAGUAACAUGGCAACUAAAGCUGAUCUGCUCAAAAUGAUUGAAGAUCCAAUGAGUAAGCUAGGAGAUGGUGGCCCACAAGCAGCUUUAGAUAUACCAGAUAUAUCAUUUGACACUUUGGCAUCAGCGUAUGGAGAUGGUGCAAUGUUGUAUGAAAAGACUCAGUCAACACACAGUGGGGAUCAGUCAACAGAAAAAAACAGCAAGCUGGGUGUAUUUAAGAACUUCAAGAAAAUCAAUCCAUUCAGGCGUGAGAAGAGCACACUAGAGAAUGGACAGAAGGAAGAUGGUCCACAUAACUACGAGCAACAAGAGUCGAAAGCUUCAGGGAGUCUUGACUCUGGUUUUGCUUCUGGUACCACAUCUCCUGUGAAAAAGCUGGAAGAUGAAGAAUGGUUCCAUGGCGUGUUACCAAGGGAAGAAGUUCAACGUCUGCUUUCCGAUGAUGGUGACUUCUUGGUGAGAGAGAGCAAAAAUAAGCGUACAAAUGAAACACAGUAUGUGCUGUCUGCCUACUGGCAGGGAUACAGGCAUUUCAUCAUACAAUUCCAAGAGGGUGGUUGGAGGUUUGAGGGUAAUACUUACCCAACAAUUCCAGAAUUAGUAAACCAUCAGUAUCAGAGUGGCCAACCUGUGACAAACAAAUCAGGGACUAUAUUGUCAAAACCAAUUCUCCGCGAAUCAUGGGAGCUUAACAACGAUGAUAUUGCACUUGAAACAAAAAUUGGAAAUGGGAACUUUGGUGAGGUAUUUAAGGGUGUGUACAAACGAACAAAUGAGGUUGUAGCUGUAAAGACUUGUAAGGAUACAUUGUCAGAGGAACAGCGGAAGAAGUUCCUGAUGGAAGGUCGUAUACUGAAACAGUACGAUCAUCCAAAUAUUGUCAAAUUUAUUGGUAUAGCUGCUCAAAGGCAACCUGUAAUGAUAAUCAUGGAAUAUGUGUCAGGAGGGGCCUUGUUAUCUUUCUUACGGAAAGAAGGAAAGAAACAAUCAAGAUUAAAAGCGGCACAAAUGUGUGUGGAUGCAGCAUGUGGAAUGGCCUAUCUCUCUGAUAAAGGAUGUAUACACAGGGAUUUAGCUGCAAGGAACUGCUUGGUUGGUGAUAGCAAUGUUGUAAAAAUCUCCGACUUUGGAAUGUCACGUGAGGAGGAGGAGUAUACAGUUUCAGAUGGCAUGAAGCAGAUCCCCAUCAAAUGGACAGCCCCAGAGGCUCUUAACUUUGGGAAGUAUACAACAGCAUGUGAUGUAUGGAGUUUUGGAAUAUUGAUGUGGGAGAUAUUUUCUAAUGGUCAAACUCCCUAUCCUGGCUGGACUAAUGCUAUAGCUCGGGAGAGUGUGGAGCAAGGGUACAGGAUGCAGGCUCCAACAGGGACACCAGACAGUAUAUAUCAGUUAAUGUUGAAGUGCUGGGAUGGUAACCAAACAACACGAAUAAUCUUUCAUGAUCUUCAUAAACAGUUGAAAGACUUGGUGGCUAAACCACCUAGGGGAGAGAACUGGUCCUAGCACUUGGUAAUCAAGGGAGGUAACAGUGUAAAUAUUGCCGGGUGUACCAAAAUAUAAGAAGAGCUGAUUGGUUAUUAAGUGCCAUUUUUUAACAGAAGGAGCAGAAUACAGAACAAUGUUGAAGAAAUACAGAUCCAUAAAGACAUUACAAGUCUAGCAUCUGAGAGAAAUAAUUCGGUACCCUAUACAACUCUACUUUAAACUGUUGGUGAAAUGUGCCAUCAAAGUAGUGAUAUGUAAUCAUUGAAGUGGGCUAUAGUGUAAAGUCUUGGCUUCAGCUAUUGAUGUAUAUAGACGGGAGAUCACUUUCUGGGUAUAGUGUUAGUUUCUAAUGUGAUAGAGAACCAAAGGCAGAUAGCCACUGAACUUUGACUGCACUUGUAGAUGUGAGCAUAAUCUUGUAGAUUUCCAAAUAGGAGUUUGCUUGUAUAUCCAUUUUCAGUCUUUUUAUUUAUAAUACUGAGCUUGCAAAAAUGCUUAAAAGUGCUAUAUUUAAGCAUUUAGUGUCCAUAAAAUAGAAAAAUCAUAAAAGGAAAUAAGAACGAAACAUAUCUUUUUUUUUUCUGUUGAAUUGUUUCUUGUCAAAGGUGGUGAGUUAAUUAAUGAGGCACAUGGUUAACUUUGGUUUGUCAUUUUUGGAGUAAUUUUGAUCUGGAAUAUUUAUGCUGCAAGUGUUUUUUGUACUGAAAGAAAAAAACUUGAAUAAACAACAUUGUUACAGUAUACAGGACAACAUUGUUACAGUAUACAGGACAACAUUGUUACAGUAUACAGAACAAUAUUGUUACAGUAUACAGGACAACAUUGUUACAGUAUACAGAACAACAUUGUUACAGUAUACAGAACAAUAUUGUUACAGUAUACAGGACAACAUUGUUACAGUAUACAGGACAACAUUGUUACAGUAUACAGAACAAUAUUGUUACAGUAUACAGGACAACAUUGUUACAGUAUACAGAACAACAUUGUUACAGUAUACAGGACAACAUUGUUACAGUAUACAGGACAACUUGCAUUAAGGGACAACUUAAGGGAAUGGCAUAAAAUGGUAUCUUGAUACCACAUAAUUUGUUCUAUUACAACUCAAAAUGGAACUGAAAAAGUUGUCCAUUAAUGCAAGUAGUCUUUCAAUGCAAGUGGUCUCUUAACAGUCAUGGUCUCACAUGUAAGUUUGACUGUAUUGAUGACAGCUAAAACUUGUUCCUUUGAUGGUAGAGAUCAGCAUUGAAUUAAAACAGCAAUGAUUAUGAGAGAUAGUUUAAAUUAAAUCAGGGACUGUGUUUUUAUCAGAAGGUGAAUAUUACAAUUUAAUGUUGGCAGAUCUUUUGGGCAGUUCUAUCCGGAUAUAUUGAUGAUUGAUUGUAUAACAUUCAUUAUGAUUGUCUGACAGGUGUUGGAAGAGACCUGGUAUUUUCUGUAACAAGCUCUUGUAAAAACUGGUAUACAGGAUGAAUGUUAGUUUUUGUGUUUAGAUGGUAUAAACCACAUUUGGACUACUGGCAAAUAAAACAUCCAAGAAUCACAAGGAUGAUUCAUGGAGUGUAAGAAGUCCCAAUCUGGUUUAUGCUUAUCUAAAUGCACAAAAAAUAGUAUUCAGUCAUAAAAUAUUUUACUGUUGGAUGACACAAAAUAACACCAUAGCCACAUUCAUGGUAUUUUUGCUAAAAAUUAGAAUACAGUGAAACACCGCUCGCUCGAGCAUCGAUGACUCGAGUACCCGGGCUCGCUCGAGCAAUUCAUGUGGUCCCGGCCGAUUUCCUUCUAUUUUCUAUGCGAAAUUACCACGGCUGGGUCGAGCAUCGAUAACUCCAUCGCUCGAGCAUGACAUCUGGUCCCUGUGUAUUAAUUUACUCUUUGUUGCUUCUGGCAAACUGGAGCAGAGGUGUCAAAAUUUUUCACACCUUCGGUGGUCAGAAUUUAUCGGUUAAUUAAAAUUUUCCACACACCGUGAGAAUUGCGUGGUCUAUUCUGCGACUAUCCUAUAUGUUUGUUUGUCAGUAUACUUGAUCUGAUAAUGAGAUUGAUUAUUGAUAAAAGGUUGAACAAAAGUUUUAUUGAUCAGAUAUAGAUGAAUAACUGAUUACUUAAAUCUUUUCUGCGGGAUCGAGAAGACUGUCAUGAGAUCUUAGUAUUUUAAUCAGCAGUUGUUUGCAUGCAAGUGAAGGAAAUAAUAUAGCCUUUUCAUAAAAUUGAGACGAUAAUUUUGAUAUGCACUUGUUGAUAAAUAAAAAUAAAAAGUCCUAGUUGUUUCUUCACGUGUGCCAUUUACAAAUUACGUAUUGAAACGUCUAUCAUAGAUAACGUUUGUAAUACGUUGUUUUUAAAUGUCACAAGCAUGUUAUUAUUACGCAUCACCGUUUACUCUGCAAAUGGUCGCGAUGAAAAUAUUGGUAAAACAAACAAUUUUCUUCUUAUGUUGGUCAAUGUUUGGGUCGCUCGAAACCAUGAAUAACUCGAGCAUUUAGCUCAUCCCCUUGCGACCUCGAGCGAGCGGUGUUUUACUGUACAUGUUAGAAGGCAAACUGCAAUAUCAUUUUAAUUUAUCUUGUAUUGCGAAUAUGCAGCUGGAUACAAAACAGUUCAGUUUUUUAAUUUCCAUCAUUGUUAACUAUAUUUGGGUAGAUUUGAAACAUUAUUUUAAAGCAUAUUAUUAGCUUUUCUUUAACUUGCUCUUCCUUAAUUUGUAUGCAAAAUAUAAGCUUGUGAUUUAUUCCAGUUUAUGUUUUUCUUAUUUUCUAUACAUAACAAUAACUAUAUGAUGAAACUAAAUUUAUUACUUGGUUAUGUUGUUCUUAUCAAUCAUAAAGAAAAUCUCUAAAAUCAGAUCUACAGAUCUAGUACAAUACCUUGAAACUUGUGUAAUAUACCAGUGAUAUAUCAAAAAUAAAAACAGGUUGGGUGGCUUAUAUUUCCUUUAUUUAUUGAUUAAUAAACACAGCUUAAAUGAACUUUAUCUAAUUUUCAAAUAGAUUUAUCCUUUUACUUUUCUAUGUACUGAUGAUAACCCUCUAAUUACUAUCCUGUAUCUACAGACACCUCACUGCUCUGCACCAUACAGUAUGCAAUACUCACUUAAAUAUUAAAUGAAUAUCCUAGUCAAGAAGAAUAAUAUAAAGUUUGAGUUUGGAAACUACAGAAAGGGCUUUCUUUAUAUUUGGUCAAUUAUGGUUUUAAUAUUAGUUUGAUAACACUUUGGUAUGUUAUAAAUUGUAACAAAAAGCAUACUUAACUCCAUGCCAUUAUGAUGUUGGAGAAUUCAAUGGACUGUUUAUGAUGCUGUAUGUUUGACAAGUUACGUACAUGUAUAACCAGUGAAAAGGUGGAAUCCCCAACCUCCUGCUUCUGAAUUUGUUAAUUAAAAACUUUUAGAACUGAAUAAAUGUCAACAUAAGUUGAACAGUCGCCAUUUAAGGUGAUAAUUACAAAUUUUUAAUAGAAUGAAUUGAUUACUACAGUAUAAUUUAAGAUAUCUCCGCUUUAAUGUCAAAUUGAGUAGAGGGAUUUUAUCUGUAUUCCAAAUUGGGAACCAUGUCAGGAAUUUAGGAUUUGAAAUAACAGUUUUAUAAUUAGCAAUCAUGCAGUCCAGGAAUCAAGGGGAUAAAAUUCUCUAAUAUUUAUUGAUUGGUAGCACAUAUGUAAAUUUGUGACAUUUUAUGUGUAUAAAAUAAUUGUUCAUGUGACUUUUUAAAGUAAGUGUUUGUAAUAGAAAAUGUUACUUAACAUAUUUCAUCCAGUAAGUAUGAAAAAAUCGCUGCAAACCAUUUUAAUAUAUAAUUUUUCUAUUGCUGUAUAUAACAUUGCUACAAUUGUUUGACCAAUUUAUUUAGUUAAACUUAUUUUGUUGUUUUUAUUUUAGAAUUCAGACCAAACAUAUUUGCUGUUUACUUUUUUCUUGUUUAUAGAGACCAGGCAGUGUGCCAGCUAGAUGUUUGCUUUUGAUAUUUUUAGGAACACUUUUAAAACAUGCAAUGUUUUACCUCUGUAUUUUUGAGGGGUAUAUUGUUUUGCAGAUGUUGGUCUGUUAGUCAGUCCAUAGACCAAUUGGUUUCCAGAUGAUAACUCAGGAAUGCUUGGGCCUAGGAUCGUGAAAGUUGAUAGAGAGGUUGGUCAUGACCAGCAGAUGACCUCUAUUGAUUUUGAGAUCAGUAGGUCAAAGGUCAAGGUCACAGUGACCCGAAACAGUAAAACAGUUUCUGGAGGAUAACUUGAGACUGCUUGGGCCUAUGAUCAUGAAACUUAAUAGGGAGAUUGAUCAUGACCAGCAGAUGACCCCUAUUGAUUUUGAGGUCAGUAGGUCAAAGGUCACAGUGACCAUUAACGAUUAAACCGUUUCUGGACGAUAACUUGAGAAUGCUUUGGUCUAAGGUCACAUUUGAUACGGAGGUCACUUUUGACUGGUUAGACCCAUAAUUAUUGAUUUGAGGUCACUACGUCAAACGUCAGUGCACAGUGACCAAGUAAUUUCUGUUCCUUUUGCAGUUACUGAAGGCAUCAAUGGGGGCAUUUCGUGUUCUAUGAGCUCUUGUUGUAUCUAGACUUUAUCUUUUUUAAAAUAUGGAUUGUUUUUAAGGCAAGUUUUAGUGUGUAAAUUUUAUUGUGAAUGUUGAACAUUAUCUUUGUCCCCAUCACUCACCCUGUCCCCAUCACACACCCUGUUACUUUAUUAUGUGUUUUCUCAUCUAUAAGACAGAGAAAUUAAAUGAAUAUUGCAUGUCCGAAGUCCCUUCUGUAUCUAAAAUAUAGAUCAGAAAAUUAUGCAACUUUUUCUCUUAGUCAAAAUCAUGGUGAAAAUGGAAAAAAUUUGAUCAAUAACUUAUUAACAUUUUAUACCAGAAAUAGUGAACUCCAGUUACAGACUUGUUACUAACAACAGAAAAUCCUUAUUUUUACUUAGUCUAAUCUAUUAACAAAGCAAAUAUGAAAAUCAUCAAGAUAGAUCAGCUUUUUACUGCUGGUAUAAUAUUUGUAUACAGCUGCAUUUUGUCAGUAAAACAUGAAAUGGACAUUUUAAAAACUUGAAAACACAUUAAAGAAAGUGACUGAGGAAACUUUUAAUGUUGUUAUUUAUGUUGUAAAUUAUUUUAUGAUUGUCAUCUGGUACACAAAUGUUUUUGUUUUCAAGUAUUUCUGGUUACCACAAUGUUCAAAAGAUGAUUGCUGAGGGCAAUCUUACAAUGUUACAAUCUAUCCCAGCAACACUACUUAAAAUGACUCCUGUCAUAAUAUAUUAAUUUUUAGGAGCUCGAGACAUUUUAAUUGAUUAAUACCGUGUUGUUAAAAUUUGUAAAUGUUUAAAAUUCAUUCCAAAUAAUUUUUAGCAUUGCUAAAUUACCUUUUUAUACCCCCACAAAACGAAGUUUGGAGGGGUAUAUAGGAGUGAGCUUGGCGGUCGGUUGGUCGGUCGGUCCGUUGGUUUUGCAUGGUUUCCGGAUGAUAACUCAUGAAAGGCUUGACAAAUUUAAAUAAUUUUUGAUACACAGGUGUAACAUCAGAAAAUACAGGUCAAGUUCGAAUUUGGGGUCAGUAAGUCAAAGGCCAAGGUCACAAUGACCCUGAACAGUUGAACGGUUUCCGGAUGAUAACUUGAGAACGCUUGGGCCUAGGAACAUAAAUUAUGGUACACAGGUGUAACAUUAUGAAAUGCAGGUCAAGUUCGAUUUUGAGGUCUGUAGAUCAAAGGUCAAGGUCACAGGGACUCGGAACAGUUAAAUGGUUUCCGGAUGAUAACUUGAGAACACUUGGGCCUAGGAUCAUAAAUUUUGGAACACAGGUAUAACAUCAUGAAAUGCAUGUCAAAUUCGACUUUGAGAUCUGUAGGUCAAAGGUCAAGGUCACAGGGACUCUGAAAAAGUUAAAUGGUUUCCGGAUGAUAACUUGAGAACGCUUGGGCCUAGGAUCAUAAAUUUUGGUACACAGGUGUAACAUCAUAAAAUGCAGGUCAAGUUCUACUUUGAGGUCAGUAGGUCAAAGGUCAAGGUCACAGUGACUUGGAACAGUUAAACGGUUUCCGGAUGAUAACUUGAGAAUGCUUGGGCCUAAGAUCAUGAAAAUUGAUAGGGAGGUUGGUUAUGACUAGUAGAUGACCCCUAAUGAUUUUGAGGUCAGUAGGUCACAGGUCAAGGUCACAGUGACCCGGAACAUUUAAACAGUUUUCGGACAAUAACUUGGGAAUGCUUGGGACUAGGAUCAGGAAACUUAAUCUGGAGGUUGGUCAUGUCAAGCAGAUGACCGAUAUUAAUUUUGAGUUCCAAAGGUCAAAGUCAUUUAAACCUUUUACGGACAAUAACUUGAGAACGCUUGGGCGGAGGAUCAUGAAACUUCAUAGGGAGGAUGACUAGCAGAUGACCUCUAUUGAUUUUGUGGUCAGUAGGUCAAAGGUCAAGCAAGUUCGGCUUUGACAUUGGCUUAGUUCUGUGACAAGGCCAUAUUGUGGGGGUAUAAUUUGUCACUCCUAUGACAACUCUAGUUAUUUUUAGUAGUGUCAGUAGUUGGCUAUGAUUUAUAUAUGUAUUUAAUUUUCACUUUCAAAGUUGUGUAUAUAGCCAGUCUAGGUCCAAUAUCAUAAUAGUAUUGUAAAAUCAGUUCUCUGAGAAAAUCUGUAAAAUAGACUGGCAUUCUCACUGUUACUUAGAAUAAAAGAAAACUAACAUAAGUCUUAAAUUUUGUGACAAAUUCUUUAUUAUCAGUAUAGUGGCUAGUCUAUGCUAAUAUUGUGAUUCAGUUCCUAUAUAUCUGCUACAAUAGCUCUAGUUUAUAGCAGUGUUUGUGCUCAAGAACUUAAAAAACCAUGACAGAAAGUAUUAAAUAUUGAACAACUAUUUUUGCAUUGUUUUUUACUCUGUUCAGAAAUUCUCCAGUUAUGUUAAAAUGUUAUUUGGAGAGGAAAUGUUUAUGUAAAGAUCAAGUUGUAACAUACAUUUACCUGAACAUUGCUGUGUCAUUCUCUCCACAUAGUAUUAUAUAAAUAACAAAGGCCAGUAUGGAUGACAGUGGAAAUUGUCAACCUGAGAGAAUUAAUAAAACCGAAGGUUCCAACGGAGGGUUUUAUUAUUUUUCGAAAGUUGACAGUAUCCCAGAAUCACCCUCACUGACCUGUGUUAUUUUAUUAUUAUGAAAUUCACACCUCAAGAUACUAACAGAAAAAAAGUAGUCACUUUUUCAAGGAUUUUCAUUAAUAGUGUUGAAUGUUAUCAUAGAAGUAGGAAGCACUCAUUAUUUUAGGUAGGAUAUUCAUAUGCAUAUCACGUAUCAAUCUCCUGAAUGACGUAUCAAUCUCCUGAAUGACGUAUCAAUCUCCUGAAUGAACUCACUUGACAGCUUUCAGUAACAAAUAACACAUCAGAUAUUAUUUGAAAUAGUGUCUUCUCAGUCGCUGGAUCAAAUCAUUGGAAUGCUUGUCUGUAUAGGGUUUUGAAAAUGAAUAAAACUCGGCCUAGUGAUAUUCAAAAUAAUUAUCAUACCUUGAUAGUGUACGAAAUGUAGCAUUCAGAAGUAAUCCUGUUUGGUCUAUGGAAAUUUUACAUUAUUUAUAUAUAUUGUAUAACAAGGAAGCCUGAACUUGAAAUUGUUGUAUGAUCUGGUUAAGAAACAGUCAAACUUGGUAAUUUUUUCAGAUGGCACAACUCAGAAUAAUUUUGGUUCUUCAAGCUUAUAGAUUAUUCAUUUGUUUCUCACGUGCAUACAUCUCAAAGAUUUAAUGUGUUGAACUCCACUUUCUGUGUUUUGCGGCUUUGUUCCAAAUAUUAAAGUUUGUUAUGUAGAUAGCGGAACUUUUGGAGGGGCAGUAAUAUUACGAGUUAUGCCCCUUCAUCAUUAUGUAAAAUUUGCUUAUGGACAAACCAUUUGUUUGAGUCCAUUGGGAAUAUUUUUAGCAUAUGAUUGUUAAAAAUAGAAUUUGUGAUACUAGUUUCUGCUGAUAUUUUCCUGUGUCUUUAUCUGUAACUGUUCCAUGUAUAGUGCAAUAUUAUUUUUAUGUUAGAUUUUAUAUCCAAGCACAAUUUACCUUUGCACUUUGUCUUACCAAAGUAGUAACAGAUAUGGUAUAUUUCAUAGAUGUUUGCAACAUUGUGACAGUAUCUUAGGACUGUUGUGAUCUUCUUAACUGUAUUUGAUUACAUGCUCUUGCAGACCGUUUUUUAAUUUCAGUGUCAAUAAAACUUGAGUUACAGCACAGUUUUCUUUAUGUUCAUUAAUUUAAAGUCAUUAAAAUUUUUUGUUUAUAUCAUAUAUUAAUUACUGAAUUUCUGUUUCCUUCAGUAAACUGGAAGUUUGUUAUUACAGCACAGAAAAAACUCCCUUCUUUUUGUCAUUAAGAUUCAUUUAAUAGUUUUUCUUUGACUUUUUUGGGGACGACUACGGUUGAUAAUUUUUGGGGGGCUACUAGUGAAUAAAGGUAGGAUCUAAAACGGUAGAAAUUCUGAAGUUUGAUACUUUAUGGUUCUAUCAAGUCAGAUUUUUCAUUUCAUAAUAGAAAUCAGUAUGCAUGUUGUGGAAUGUAAAUUGCACCAGUCAUCAUGUCUUUCAUAGGUGAUACAAGCUUGAUUUAUUAUAGCUGGUUAACUGCAGAGUCAAUCGCAAGUAACUUACAUGUGAUCUUGAUUUUUCAGUAAAUUCAUCUGUGCUUUUCUUACCAUCACUUUUAAUUUGGUUUCACAUGGGUUUAAAGCCCCAAAUGCCUUGUGUAGUGGUAAUUUUUAGAACAUAGGUAUGAGUUUUAUUAAAUACAGGAGUCAAUUUAGACCAAAAACAUUGUUGAUGACCAGGUAUUUACACUGAAAUUAUUACCAGAACAUUUUUACUGAAGCAACAAAGUUUUCACUUUUUUUUGCGGACCAGUUUAUUUACAUUUUUAUGACCUUUUGAUAUUUUUUGGACAUUGAUUAUAUUGAACAAUACUAGACUAGACAGCAUGUUAUUUAAGAAAUGAUAAGUUCUCAAACGUGGUUGAUCGUAGAAUAACCUGAGUUUUCAGUUCUUAUGCGUAAGAAUAUAUCACAAAGGUCGUAGGCCUGAGUGAUAUAUUGUUUUGCAUAAGAACGAAAAACUCGGGUUAUUCUACGAUAAAAUACACUUGGGAACUUAUUAUUUCGAUUCUAACACGACAUACUCAACAGUGUUAGAAAAUAUGGUAACUACUUUUUACGACCGUGCUACGCACCUGGUUCGGAUGACAUCAUUGCAUGCGAGUGGUUUAUCGCAGAAUAACCAGAGAUAGAUUUUGCUCUACAUGUAUGUGGGUGAUUUGAUGGUCGUGUUAGAAUACAGGAUAGCAGAUAUAUUGAUACACAUACAGAAACAUGAAGCACCCAUACAGAAACAUGAAGCACCCGUCAGUUUCUUAGAAACUCCUUACUUAAGGUAGAGGACUCGUGUUGGAAAGGUCAGUGUUGAUGUAAACAACAGGUUAAGUAAUUCGACAUUAUGAUAUCUGCAACUGAUAGUAAUUUAAUACAUUACAUUUACUAGCAGUGAUCAUUACAACUAUUUAUGUUUCCCCCAGGAGACAUAUUGUUUUUGCCCUGUCCGUCCGUCCGUCCUUCCGUGCCCGCGAAAUGAUGGUUAAGUGACUGCAUAACGGUACUUUCUCUUUGAUGUCAUUCAUUCCGUUCUGUUUAUGUGACCUUUUUCUUUUUAUGUGACUGUUAGAACAAUAGAGAGAACAAUGGGGGUGUCUCUUAAAUACCGUUUCAUUAGAACGGACGUCCGUCCGUCCGUACGUCACACUUCAUUUCCGAGCAAUAACUGGAGAACCAUUUGACCUAGAACCUUCAAACUUCAUAGGGUUGUAGGGCUGCUGGAGUAGACAACCCCUAUUGUUUUUGGGGUCACUCCGUCAAAGGUCAAGGUCACAGGGGCCUGAACAUUGAAAACCAUUUCCGAUCAAUAACUAGAGAGCCACUUGACCCAGAAUGUUGAAACUUCAUAGGAUGAUUGGUCAUGAAGAGUAGAUGACCCCUAUUGAUUUUGGGGUCACUUCAUCAAAGGUCAAGGUCACAGGGGUCUGAACAUUGAAAACCAUUUCCGAUCAAUAACUAGAGAACCACUUGACCCAGAAUGUUGAAACUUCAUAGGAUGAUUGAUCAUGAAGAGUAGAUGACCCCUAUUGAUUUUGGGGUCACUCCGUCAAAGGUCAAGGUCACAGGGGCCUGAACAUUGAAAACCAUUUCCGAUCAAUAACUAGAGAACCACUUGACCCAGAAUGUUGAAACUUCAUAGGAUGAUUGAUCAUGAAGAGUAGAUGACCCCUAUUGAUUUAGGGGUCACUCCGUCAAAGAUCAAGGUCACAGGGGCCUGAACAUUGAAAACCAUUUCCAAUCAAUAACUAGAGAACCACUUGACCCAGAAUGUUGAAACUUCAUAGGAUGAUUGUACAUGCAAAGUAGAUGACCCCUGUCGAUUUUGGGGUCACUCCAUUAAAGGUCAAGGUCACAGGGGCCUGAACAUUGAAAACCAUUUCCGGUCAAUAACUUGAGAACCACUUGACCCAGAAUGUUGAAACUUAAUAGGAAGAUUGGUCAUGCAGAGUAGAUGACCCCUAACGAUUUUGGGGUCACUCUGUGAAAGGUCAAGGUCACAGGGGCUCGAACAUUGAAAACCAUUUCUGGUCAGUAACUUGAGAACCACUUGACCCAGAAUGAUGAAACUUCAUAGGAUGAUUGGUCAUGCAGAGUAGAUGACCCCUAACGAUUUUCGGGUCACUCUGUUAAAGGUCAAGGCCACAGGGGCCUGAACAUGGAAAACCAUUUCCAAUCAAUAACUUGAGAACCUCUCGACCCAGAAUGUUGAAACUUCAUAGGAUGAUUGUUCAUGCAGAGUAAAUGACCCCUAUUGUUUUUGGGAUCACUCCGUUAAAGGUCAAGGUCACAGGGCCUGAACAUUGAUAACCAGUUCCGAUCAAUAACUAGAGAACCACUUGACCCAGAAUGUUGAAACUUCAUAGGAUGAUUAUACAUGCAAAGUAGAUGACCCCUAUCGAUUUUGGGGUCACUCCAUUAAAGGUCAAGGUCACAGGGGUCUUAACAUCGAAAACCAUUUCCGAUCAAUAACUUGAGAACCACUUGACCCAUAGGAUGAUUGAACAUGCAGAGUAAAUGACCCCUAUUGAUUUUGGGGUCAGUCUGUUAAAGGUCAAGGUCAUAGUGGCCUGUUCUUGUAAAAUCAUUUUUUGGAAAUAACUUGAGAACCACUUGACCUACAAUGUUGAAACUUAAUAGGAUGAUUGGACAUGCAGAGUAGAUGACCCCUAUAUAUUUUGAGGUCACUUGGUCAAAGGUCAAGGUCACAGGAGCCUGAACAGUGACUUGAGAACCACUAGGCCAAGAGUGUUGAAAUUUAGUGGGAUGACUGGACAUGCCAAGUAGAUGAUCCCUAUUGCAGCCAACCAUCAGUGUCUCUUUGACUUUCUCUCCUGACCCCUAUUGACUUCUUGCCUAUAGCACUUUGCAUUGGGGGAGACAUGCGCUUUUUUACAAAAGCAUUUUCUAGUUAGAUAUGUAUUUGACGAUAUUGGCAUGUUUUUGGGGAAAUAUUAAUCCUUUUCCGGACCUUUAUAGUGGCUUUAAUUAAAUUCACUGCUUGGAGCAUUGAGCUGCAUGGUAUCAUGUUUUGUCAGAUGAUUUCAUAUUACAUUGCAUUGCAACAAGUUUUUCAAUGCAUCAUUUUAUAUGUUUAAAUGGAUGGCAUGAAGGUUUUUUGUUGAAUGGUUUCAAAAUGCAAUUUGUUAAGUGCAAAUUUAUUGGACAGGAUGGUGUUUUAGACUAGACAGCAUUAAAAUGCUCUGCACUGGCUGUCUUGUUAAUGGAUGGAAUGUAUAUUUGCCAAUUUUGGCGGUAACUGUUGCCAAUAUGUUAUACAGUGUCGAAAUCAUUCUUGGUAUGAAUGUUUUAAACAUUUUAACAUUGAUUACAGAAGUACAGAUUUACUGAAGAUGAUUUAACCAAAUUUAUGAGACGAAGAUCUUAGAAUUGAAUUUUUUGUUUAAAUAAACCCUUCAAAAUUGUGUGAACUUGAUUCCUUGAUGGAAGUGCUGUCUUGAAAUAUGUACCUUUUUGUCUUGCAAUAUCUAUACUAUUACGUGUUGUAAGUAUUCCUUCAUGUACAUAUUAGUGUAUCAGAAAGUGUAUAAAUUUAAACCCUAUAAAAUAUGUUAUUGUUUUUUAUAUGAAUAAACUAACACUGAAUAAAACA